CAUUUCCACUCCCAUCUCACUCUGUCUGGUCUGGUCUGGCUAUAUCCAGGUUUGCUGUUAGCCAGUCAGUUAGUCAAUCCCUACCUGACUGUCAUCGUCACUCUACUCCGUGUCGGCGGUACUCGAUUGCCAAUUCCCUGUCCUGUCAGGCGCGACGGAGAGAUCCCUUUAUCGCGCAUCCCGGUUCUCGAAAAUCCAGGUCGGAGAGUACGGUAUCGUUAGAUAGACAAAGAGUCCUUCGAUCAUCGCACUUCGAGUAUCAACGCAGACGCAUACAUCGCCAUCGCCCGCUGCGCUCACCGCGGCUCGCGGGCGUCUCAAUAGAGUGCAUGGCUUCGCCGCCGAAACCCUGGGAACGCGCUGGUGCAGCCGGUGCCGGAACUGCAACUAUGACCGCGCCCAUGGCUACCGCGAGUGGCGCCUCUGCAUCAACGUCCCCGACCGCCAUCACCGCCCCCUCGUCAACAACUAGUGCAAUAUCCUCUACAACACCCGCCGUACCUCCUCGUCCCGACUCCCUCUCUACGGCUGUCAACCAGAACGCCUCAGCCUAUAGUCGCAUUGGGACCAAUCCUUACAACUCGGCGUAUUCAUCGCCUUAUUCCUCUCCCUACGCAAGGAUGGGAGGCAUGGGAGGUUACGGGUACGGAAAUUACAGCGGAUAUGGGGGAGGGUAUGGAGGGUAUGGCGGCAUGUAUGGUGGUGGCAUGUAUGGGGGGAUGCCAGGCAUGAUGCCAAAUGAUCCUAAUAACCCCAACAGUUUAACGAGCCGUUUCAGCAACAGCACACAGGCGACCUUUCAGAUGUUAGAAGGGAUCGUUGGCGCAUUCGGCGGCUUCGCUCAGAUGCUCGAGAGCACAUAUAUGGCUACUCAUUCUAGCUUCUUUGCAAUGGUGUCUGUCGCAGAGCAAUUUGGCAAUCUACGCGACACUCUCGGUUCCGUGUUAGGGAUAUUUACGCUAAUGCGUUGGAUCCGGACGUUGAUUGCGAAACUUACCGGUUGUCCUCCCCCAGCCGAUGCUACGGCACUCACACCAGCGGCGUUCGCCCGCUUUGAAGGACGACAAACAUCUGGCCCCAACGGUGCUCCCGGUCAACCGCGGCCGAGCAAAAAGCCUCUUAUCUUCUUCCUCCUCGCUGCCUUCGGCUUGCCGUAUCUUAUGAGCAAGGCCAUACGGUCUCUCGCAGCAUCCGCGGAGGAAGAGGAACGCAAACGAAUGGAGGCCAUGGGCCAGAGCGCUCCACUAGAUCCCAGUAAACUCGAGUUCUGCCGUGUCCUCUACGAUUUCACUCCCGAGGCUGGCAAUGCAACACAGGGGGUGGAUCUUGCGGUGAAGAAAGGCGACUUCAUCGCAGUCCUAAGCAAGAGCGACCCACUAGGUAACCCUAGCGAAUGGUGGCGAUGUAGGGCGAGGGAUGGCAGGCUAGGCUACUUGCCGGCUACCUUUCUCGAAGUUGCUAGGCGACCUGGCCAGCCGGUUGCAGCAAUCAAGGCUGCUCCUACUGACCCUGCAAGCCCUAUCACCAGUGCCAGCGCACAGCCGCCGGCUAUCACCAGCAAAGCGGGCGACAUAUCUCCUGAGAGUUUCCAGAAAUCUCAGUUCUACUCAUAAACACUAGGCUACUAUACGGCGGCCUGGAAUAUCCUCACCAGCGGAGUUACUUAUCAAACAUAACGGUUAUCAAGCGGAUUCGCUUAUGCAUUACUCUUGGGGUUUUCCCAAUCAACAUUUAUAUAUAUAUCAACUUCAUAUGUACAUUUAAAAAGUUACAGAGCUUGGUAUGGUAGCUUGGCGUCCUUGGGUUUUGGGGGGACUCUUUCUGAAGGUGGUGACGGCCGGUUAUAUCCAUCUUGCCGAUGAUAAUAUCAACUCGCCUUACACCUCAGCGAGAGCAAUACAGCAUUCAAUCACGAUCUUUGAAAUCUCUUUAGACACUAUGGUUUGAACUACUUAGGAGUGAGUGCAUUCAUGUGUAAUAUCUAGCAUGCAAUCUAGACGAGCCCAAUAUGAACACGCACGGGACUGAUGAUUGGCUGUUUACCGUAGUCGCGCUGAAGGUAAUUAACUAAGAUUAGACUUACUCUUUAAAUCUCUAGAACGUUGUGCGUAAUGGAAUGAUUGGGAGCGCAAACUUGAUAGACGUUGGUUGGGAUGAUAUGGCGCAGCUUACUUAUAGCUCGGUAGCUAUAUUUUUCAUGUG